AUGGAGGCUCCAGAUAGGAAGGAAAUUAGCUCCUACAAGAAGAUGCGUUGUUCUAUAAAUAUAACAGCCAAACAGAUUUUGCAAGAAGAAUUAAAAAUGAUUACAGUGAUUCUUCCCCCAUCCAAAGCUUUUUAUGUGCGGCAAUACACGUUGUGGUUACUUAUGCUGUUUCUGUACGGCAACGUACGAAAUUGUGGAGCAACUCUCGGAGCGGAAUGUACAGCUGCCAAUGAAGUCACGGUAUGCUCUGUCGAUAAUGCAAACUGUGACAGCGGUAAAUGCGCUUGUGCAGAUGGAUUUACAGAGGAAAAUGACCAAUGCUUGAAAGCACUAGGACAAGGCUGUGGAAAUGCAGAUGAGUGUGUAUCAAAUACCAAGUGUGAUACAACAUGUAAAUGUUUAGACGGAUUUGUUGCUAGUGCUGGAUUAUGCUCUAAACCUCUCGGAGCGGAAUGUACAUCUGGCAGUGAAGGAACGGAUUGCUUAUUAACUAAUGCUGACUGUGUCAGCGGUAAAUGCGUUUGUGAAGAUGGAUUUACAGGGGAAAGUGAUCAAUGCUUGAAAGUUAUUGGAAGUGGCUGCACAGUAUCAAAUCCUUGUCCAGCAGAUUCCAAUACAGUUUGCGUAAGUGAUCAGUGUGCAUGUAAGGAAGGAUAUGGAGAAAAGAACAACGUUUGUAUACGCAUUAUUGGAAGUGACUGCACAGAUUCAGAUACUUGUCCGGUAGAUUCCAAUACAGUUUGCGUAAAUGAUCAGUGUGCAUGUAAGGAAGGAUAUGGAGAAAAGAACAACGUUUGUAUACGCAUUAUUGGAAGUGGCUGCACAGAAUUAAAUCCUUGUCCAGCAGAUUCCAAUACAGUUUGCGUAAGUGAUCAGUGUGCAUGUAAGGAAGGAUAUGGAGAAAAGAACAACGUUUGUAUACGCAUUAUUGGAAGUGACUGCACAGACUCAGAUACGUGUCCGGUAGAUUCCAAUACAGUUUGCGUAAGUGAUCAGUGUGCAUGUAAGGAAGGAUAUGGAGAAAAGAACAACGUUUGUAUACGCAUUAUUGGAAGUGACUGCACAGAUUCAGAUACUUGUCCGGUAGAUUCCAGUACAGUUUGCGUAAAUGAUCAGUGUGCAUGUAAGGAAGGAUAUGGAGAAAGGAACAACGUUUGUAUACCCACUGUAAGUGGAACUGAGUGUCCAGACGGAGAUGAAUGUGAAAAUAUUGACAAUGCCGUCUGUGGUGACGGUACAUGUAAAUGUAGUCCAAAUUUCGUUAUGAACGUUGACACAUGUGUACCUGAGAACGCUGCUGCAGCUACAGGAAUUGGUGCUAUGACACUUGUACUGUCUGUUUUUGCAACAAUUCAAGUGAUGUUAAGAUAA